UUCCUAGCAUUUUAUAAAUACAAUGGAAUUAUUUUAGCAAAUACAUAUGUAUGUAUAUGUGUUAAAAAUGACCGAUUAGUUUACAAAUUCGAAAUAUAUAGAAAUUAAUUUCCGUUCAUAUAAAAAUUAACAUAAAAUUCCGUUUACAUUAAUCUGCAAUUGCUCAAUUUUAUCUAAUGUGAUUUAGUAUUUGUUAGAAAACUGUCUAAACUUGAGUUGCCCUCCACGGCGUAAAGUUCAGCUCUUAUUAAUAAACCUCCAUCUGUCUAUGUAUGGCUGGCUGUCCAGCCAGCGUAACCUAAUCUAACCUAGAAAACUGUUUUACUUAAAAUAACAAUUUAGGCCACUAACGAACCAAUGUAUAUUUACCCUAAAACCGUUAUUAAAUUUCUAUUAAAUCUAAAAAUUGUUUUUUAAUAUUUUUGGAAAUAUUUCUUAAUACAUUGUAACUUGGAUAGCGUAUGGCAUUGCCCGCGUUAUACUAGUGAAAUUGGCGGUUUUCGCACAAAUUAUUUGACCAUUCAAAAGUCAUCAGUCGAAGAACAAUCCUCUAAGCUGAGGAAAAAUAUAUUAGGCAUUCCUCCUACCACUGUUUUCUGAACUUUUCUCUGCAAUGAAUCUCAACUUUCGUAGUAACUGCCUAACAGAUAACUUAUAUUACAACACCAAAAACACUCACCCAUAUGUAUACAGACAACAACAGGGUAUUCACCAUCACUACGUAGAAAUUUCGAUUGUUUAAUUUCUGAGUACUCGAAUUUUGAUUGUAUCUUCCUAGUAUAAUCGUAUGAAAUACUAACAAACGAAAAUGAGCAGUCAAAUAUUUAAAUAAAUUACAACGAUUUUAUCUUAUACAAUUCUUCUGUACUUCAUACACAUUUGUAUCUAUGAAACACACCUUGAUUAGUAGUCGAAUAUGUCUUUUUAUUAUUUUUUAUGAAAUAUUUCGCUUUAAGCAUUUAUGUAGUAAUAACAUAGCAUUAAGCACAAACUUCAACUUUUCUAAAGAAAUCAUUACUACACUUUGAUCUUGAAUAUUUUUACUUUGCUCUGCUCCCCGAAAAUAUAGCAAGCUCCCUAAAACAAUCUCAAGCAGACCAAGCCAAAAAAGUAAAUUGACAUCGAGGCGAUAAAAGAUUUUCUUUGAUUUUUUACGGAUGUAAGUUAAAAAAUACUAGAUUUACAAACUAUUAUCUUAAAAAAAAAACCAAAAAAAAUAUUGAGUUAAUGUGUUUCGACUGGCCAUUGCAAAGCGCCAAAGAUAUUCUUUUUGAACUUGCACACUGGACUCCGCACGAAACUUGAGCGCGGUGACGAAGAUGCGGAUUCCUUGGACAUUAAACCACCACAAGCGAACGUGCUGCACUCGCGCGACUCCACAGGCUCGCGACGCAAGGACAAGUCGUCCAAAGAGAAAAAACAUUCCAAAGAGAAGAAACAUCGCGGCGAGCGCGAACGAGGAAGUGGCCGCGAACGCGGUGAAAGGGAACGUGAUUCACGCGAUUACGACACACGGGAACCACAUGGCCGAGAGCGUGACAUGCGCAACGACCGCGGCGGAGGUCCACGUCCAGGCGAUAUGGAGCGAGGUCGCGACCACCGACGUGGCGGCGAGGAUCGCGAGGAGAUGUUGCGUUAUCAUCAACGCGGUAGCAGCGGUUAUGAGCGUGACGAUGUUAUUAACAGAGAUAUGAUGUCGAACAGCGAGCGCCGUUAUGCAAAGCAAUAUGAACCACACAACAAUGAGGUGCGACGAAAUAGUGGUGGAGGCGGUGGUGGCGCUGUUUAUCAUCAACAAUAUCAGCACUCACAUAUGCAGCGACAAAGACCGGAUUACUAUGAACGCGGUUCAGGUGGCGGCGGGUACCAUCAUGGCGGUCUGGAUUAUUAUAACAAUCGCCACCAACAGCAACAACCAUACGGUGGUGGUGGCAAGCAUACACAUGUUGAGUACAAUGAUGUCAACUAUGAGGUGCAACGUGAGCGACGCAAAUAUAACUACGAAGCGCAGAACGAGUCGGAAAGCAUUGAACAGGAUUUGCGUUCACGGUUGCUUAGUAAAAGGCAUAAAUAUGUAAAAGGCAGUGGCGGCGAUAUGAUCGAGCUAACGGAAAGUUAUGAGACCACGACAACAGUGCAGCGACAACGGUACAGUGAUGGUGAACGUUAUCGGCAGAAACGCGAAAAAAUUAGAGAAUCCGUAAUUGAGGUGCUGGACAGUCCGGAGGUGGCUGAAGUGGAGGGUGCAGGUGUAGAAGAAGGUGAAGCGCACCGCCAACGCCGCAAACAUAAACGGCGCAACAAAGAGCGUGAAAUCGUGCAGGUGGAGACGGUUGUGUCGACGGAACGCGUCGAACGCACAGAAAAGCGCAAAACUCCUGAUGAUCCGGAGGUAUUGUCACGACGGGAAAAAAUACUAGCUGUGGAACGUGAGAAGGAAAAACGCAAAGAAAAAGCACGUGAGGAAUUGGAAGCACGCCGUCGUGCUAGAAAUGCACUUAGUCCAAGCGCUGUGGCAGCGUCCGUUACUGCUGGGCUCAACGUUAUGAAACGUAAGAAGCAGGAUGAGCUGGCCGAGGUGGUUAUAAAAGUUAAACGAUCAAAGAAAACUACAGCUUCAAAGCAGCGUAGUGACGAAGAGGAGGAGGGCGAGGCAUUGGACAGUGAUGACGAAGACGAUGAGGCGGACGAGGAUGAUAGCGAGGAUAUGGAAACGGACAGUGGCAGUGGUGAUAGUGAAAGUGACAGCGAAAGCCAUUCUGAGGUAGAAGCUGCUAAAGAGCGACACGAAAAACGACACCGUAAACAUAGCAAAACAGAGAAGAGGAAAAGGAGUAAAAGGCAUCAUAACCAUCGGAUGCGUAACAAUGGUGUUGAUAAUGACGAUAACACUGACGACGAUGACAAUGAUGAGGAAGAUGAAGAUGACCUAGAUCUACCCGAAAGUCCACUUUCUAUAGGUGAGCUUUCGAAAUCGCCACGUCGUCAACAUCGCACAAAAAAGCACAAAAAGAAAAAAUCCAAAAAGCACAUAGAAAACGAUGAUGAAGAUGGCGAUCAACGUUUAUCACGUUCGCGUUCUCAUUCCGCCCAUUCAAUCUCCCACUCACGUUCAGUUUCACGCUCUCGUUCACACUCACCUCGCAGAAAGAGCACACAUUCACGUUCGCGUUCGCAUUCAGGUUCACGUGAUUCUUCACGACACCGCACAACACAUUCACGAUCACGUUCUCGUACUCGUUCUCGUUCAGAUUCGCAUUUCGAUUCACGGUCAGUGUCCUCACGCUCGCGCUCACCUUCCCAUUCAUCAGGUUCGCGCUCGCGUUCAAAGUCACGAACACGUUCACGCUCACGUUCAGAAGAGCGCGAUAUGAAGUCGGCGCAUAAAUCGGAGGCAGAAGCUACUGCUGGUAACAAGCGUCGUGUAGAAGGUGGUAGCCGAGACGACUCGCCAGCACGCGAUGACAAAGGUGCACCACUGCCAGACUAUUUUCCAGGUAUACAGGGUUGUCGCUCUGUCGAAGAAUUCCAAUGUCUCAACCGCAUUGAGGAGGGCACAUACGGUGUGGUAUACCGCGCCAAGGAUAAACGUACCAACGAGAUAGUUGCUUUAAAACGAUUAAAAAUGGAGAAGGAAAAGGAAGGCUUUCCCAUAACAUCUUUACGCGAAAUUAAUACUUUACUAAAAGGUCAGCAUCCAAACAUAGUGACGGUUCGCGAAAUAGUUGUUGGCUCCAAUAUGGAUAAGAUUUUCAUUGUUAUGGAUUAUGUGGAACACGACUUGAAAUCGUUGAUGGAGACGAUGAAGGCGCGUAAGCAAUUCUUCCUUCCCGGCGAAGUCAAGUGUCUGGUGCAGCAAUUAUUGCGAGCGGUUGGCCAUUUACAUGACAACUGGAUAUUACAUCGCGAUUUAAAGACCUCUAAUUUGUUGCUAUCGCACAAGGGUGUGCUAAAAGUAGGCGAUUUCGGUUUGGCUCGAGAAUAUGGUUCACCAUUGAAACAUUACACCUCACUGGUUGUUACCCUAUGGUAUAGAGCACCGGAGCUAUUGCUCGGCACACUGGAAUAUUCAACGCCCAUCGACGUCUGGUCGGUGGGUUGCAUUUUUGGCGAAUUUCUACAAAUGGGGCCACUAUUUCCCGGCAAAACGGAGACAGAUGAGCUUAACAAAAUUUUCAAGGAACUCGGCACACCAAACGAACGAAUUUGGCCCGGUUAUAAGGAUUUGCCAAUUGUUAAGAAUAUGUUAAGUCAGAAUUCCCAAUUCGCCGACUAUCCUGUUUCAAAUUUACGUAAGCGUUUCGCCGACAAAACCACCGACUUAGGCAUUGACUUGCUACAGGGUCUUCUCACCUAUGAUCCCAAGAAAAGACUGACCGCUGAAGCGGCGCUUAAACACAGCUACUUCAAUGAACUGCCUCUGCCCAUCGAUCCAUCUAUGUUUCCUACAUGGCCGGCGAAAAGUGAACUGGGUGCGCGCAAAGCGCUCGCCUCCUCGCCCAAACCACCCUCUGGCGGUUCACAGUUUAAACAAUUGGGUCGAGACGAAAUACUUGUGGGCAGUAGUGGUGGAAGCAAUGCAGCCGGUGUUGCCAAUAGCAAUAGUAAGGUAAUAUCUGGCAUUAUAACAGGUAAUAAGAAAACUGCUGCGAAUACUGGUUUUGUGCUAAAUGCAGGCAUUGAUCAGCGUCAACUGGCCAUGGGCCCGGGAUUCAAUUUAAAAUUUUAAUAAACACUUUGCCACGCACUAUUUGUUAACUGAUAUUUGAGUGUGAAUGUGUUUAACAGUACUAUUGCUUUUACAAUAUAUAUUAGUCAUUAAUUAACCGUUCUAGUUAAUUACGAGCAUAAGAUCCAGAUUUAUCAUUUUUCGUUAAAUACAAUUCUUAUUAAUAAACAUAUAUCUAUGUAUAGCUCGUAAGCUACAGUCCAGAAAAAUUGUUAAAACCGUCACUUAAAUCAUUUGAAUAUGCAAUUAUCACUAAAGAAGUUCAACCAAACGAUUUUACCAACAAAACAAAGAGAAUCCUUGAGAGCUUAAUACAAAACACUGGUAAUUUUAGAAACUGUUAAUAAUAACAUCUAAAUAAUUUUAGAUAAAAAUUUAUCGUUGAAAUUGUACAAAUUACAUACAUGCAUUAUAGUUGGCGGCAGGUUUAUACCUAAAGGUUUACACGAGGCAGAUUGAGUCAGGCAAACAUAAUAAUCAUAAAAAAUAGAACAAUAGUUGGAUAGAUAUAAGCAUUUUUUGAGUAAUAUAACAAUGUUCUAGAUGUAAUAAACACUUAACUGCAGAAAACCGAAUGUAAAAAUGAAUGUUUAUAAGAAUGGAAAAAGCCUAUGCUGGAAAAAGACCUAUAAGAGAAAUACAAGCAUAUAAUUUUGCAAGAAAAGUAAAAUACAAACAAAAAAAUGUUCUUAUUUCAAUAUCAGAGUGAGGUAAAUAUUUUU